UACCUCAUAGCAUCUACCUAUUAUUAGUUGGAUACGCAAGCUACCAUCGAGUAUCAACGCAACGGCCUAGUAACCACAGCGCAGCGCUGCAAAACGAACGUACAAAAUGACAAAACUCGCCCUCGUGUAUUACUUCGUCGCUCAAAUAUUCGCCGCGGAAGCUUACAGAAUACUCGGAAUAUUCCCGUCCCUAGAUCGAAACAACUACCUCACGUACCGCGGUUUGUUUCGUGAACUAGCAAAUCGGGAACACGAUGUGACCCUCAUAAGCCACUUUCUAAUGCCCGACCCGCCGGCCGGCUAUCGGGAUGUGCAACUCAGUGAUAAACAUGUGUACAAAGGACUGUCUUUCGAAUCUGUUAUAGUGAAUGAGAUAUCGCGAGUGCCUUUCGAGACGUUAGUGUCGACUAAAGCGGGGAACGACGACUGCAAGACGCUUAUGAACAAUCAUGACGUGAUACACAUGAUAAGAAGUCGUCCUCGAUUCGAUGUGAUAAUUGUGGAAUCUUAUAAUAGUGAUUGCGCGAUCGCACUGGCGGCAAAUUUGAGCGCGCCGUACAUUGGGUUUAACCCUCAGCCGCUCCAUCCAUGGCAUUAUAAUAGAUUGGGGAUUAAUUUCAAUUCCGCAUACGUGCCCCAGUCGUUGCUACCUUUUGGAAAGCAGCCGUGGUUCUUUGACCGCGUGAAAAGCUUCAUAUUAUACUAUGUUACUAAUUGGGUGUACUACAUUGGAUCGCAAGUGACAGAUCAUGUGUAUCUAUACAAGUAUUUGGGGGACGAUCUGGAUACACUGGAGAGCAUAGCGUCCAAUGCGAGCUUGGUGUUUGUAAACACACACAAAUCAGUAUUUGGCGGCGUCGCGCGCCCUGAUAACGUCGUGGACAUUGGCGGAAUACACAUUAGACCUCCAAAGGUUAUCCCCACGGAAAUUGAGCGAUUCAUAAACGAAGCUGAGCAUGGCGUGAUCUAUGUAAACUUGGGCUCUACUGUCAAGGACUCCACGCUGCCCAUAGAUAAACUAAACGAGCUAGUGUCCACAUUCAGACGAUUGGCUCUCAGAGUACUUUGGAAGUGGGAUGGAGCUAAUUUAGAGAAUCUGCCAAGAAACAUAAUGACUAUGAAAUGGCUGCCACAAUAUGACAUUUUGAAACACGAGAACGUGAAAGCAUUCAUUUCGCACGCUGGGAUACUCAGCACUAUCGAAGCGUUGGAUGUUGGUAUACCAGUCGUCGCCAUUCCCUUGUUCGGAGACCAGUACGGCAAUGCUGCUGCCCUGGUAGAUGCGGGAGUAGCAAAUUUAAUAACAUACGACAAUUUGCGGAGGGAACUGCUAUUAGACGCAAUUAAUGAAGUUUUGGAUCCAUCAUGGCAACAACAAGCGAAACUCGUUUCCCGAAAGUGGCACGACCGUCCGAUGUCGCCACUUGAGAGCGCCAUCUAUUGGAUCGAAUACGUAGCACGUUACAAUGGAACACCAAACUUAGUAGCGACAUCUGCUGGUGUACCGUGGUACCAACAACUCCAGCUUGAUGUGUUGGCAUUCGUUGGACUUGUCUCAUACAUUCUACUGUACGUUUUGUGCAAAAUAUUGAACGUAUGUUGCUGUUGUUGUUGCCGAAACGAUACAACAACUGACGAGACGGUUUCUGAAGAAAGAAGACAGAAAAUUGUUAAGUUUGAAUAAUUAAAGUAUUUGAAGUCAAUGUGAAGAGACGUUGGAGAGAAAACUAGUGUUUUUUGUUUUGUAAAUAAAUAAUUAUUUUUAGUUAUAGGUACUAAACGGCUUUAACUUUGCAGAAUUACAUAUUGAAAAGUGCAUAGAUACUUAUACUGCAAAAUACUAAUAGACUGGUGACUUGGCUUAAGUAUUUAUUAAUAAAUAUAAUUUGUUACAAA